CCGGCGUCAGCACAGCCUUGGCCGGCACGAUGGCAUCAACCCGAGCCUUGGGGGCCAAGAAGGGUAUUUUGGAACGUCUGGAUAGUGGGGAGGUUGUGAUUGGAGAUGGCAGCUUUCUUAUUACUCUGGAGAAGAGAGGCUACGUGAAAGCUGGGCUCUGGACGCCGGAGGCCGUAGUAGAACAUCCAAGCGCAGUUCGUCAGCUUCACAUGGAAUUCUUGAGAGCCGGAGCAAAUGUCAUGCAGACUUUCACCUUUUCUGCCAGCGAGGACAAUAUGGAAAGCAAGUGGGAAGAUGUAAAUACUGCUGCCUGUGACCUCGCCAAGGAAGUGGCCGGCAAAGGUGAUGCUUUGGUGGCAGGGGGGAUCUGCCAGACGUCAAUGUACAAAUACCACAAGGAUGAAGCUAGAAUUAAAAAACUUUUUCGGCAACAGCUAGAGGUUUUUACUAGGAAAAAUGUGGACUUCUUGAUUGCAGAGUAUUUUGAGUAUGUCGAAGAAGCUGUGUGGGCUGUGGAAGUCUUAAAAGAAUCGGGUAAACCUGUGGCAGCUACCAUGUGCAUAGGCCCCGCGGGAGACAUGCAUGGUGUAACACCUGGAGAAUGCGCUGUGAGACUGGCGAAGGCAGGGGCUUCCAUCGUUGGUGUGAACUGCCGAUUCGGGCCCGGGACCAGCUUGAAGACGGUGGAGCUCAUGAAGGAGGGCCUUGGGGCUGCGGGGCUGAAAGCGCACCUGAUGGUGCAGUCCCUGGGGCUCCACACGCCUGACUGUGGCAAAGGCGGGUUUGUGGAUCUCCCGGAAUAUCCCUUUGGACUGGAGCCCAGAGUUGCCACCAGAUGGGAUAUUCACAAGUAUGCCAGAGACGCUUACAACCUGGGGGUCAGGUACAUUGGCGGGUGCUGUGGAUUCGAGCCCUACCACAUCAGGGCAAUCGCAGAGGAGCUGGCCCCAGAAAGGGGAUUUUUGCCUUUGGCAUCUGAAAAACAUGGUAGUUGGGGAAGUAGUCUCAAUAUGCACACCAAACCCUGGAUUAGAGCAAGGGCUAGAAGAGAGUAUUGGGAAAAUCUGCUGCCAGCUUCAGGCAGACCUUUCUGUCCUUCGCUAUCAAAGCCAGAUGUCUAAGGAGUAGUGAAAGAAAAUACUGAAAUAAUAGAUCGAAAAGAAGUUGUCGUCCGCCCCACCUGGAACCCGUGCUCACCGUCAUCCUCAGCCUGCCCUGCUGUCUCCAGCUGCUGAGAAGGUGAUGUGCUGUAGCCCGUUAGUCUGACCCAGGCCUGCAUAUUGAGCUCGUGCUGUGGUUAAGCACCUCGACAGAUGCUGGAUGCUGCCGGAGAUGCCCCUCGUCCCCUAAGGACUUACUGUCCAGGAAUGCUGCUGUGCAUUCUGCUGAAGAUCAUUGAGAAUAGCCAAACUUGUCUAGGGUGAAUUUGACAUUUUAAAAUAAUCAGAAGUCACUGAGAACCAAAUCUACUGACUAAGUCAAGUGACUAAGCUAGAUGCUUGAGGAAGAUGGAGCAACACUCCAAAGCAAUGUGUGUGCUUUCCUUUAAAUGAUUUGUGUGAUAACUCCAAAGACAAUCCCAAAAGAAAAGAUGUGAAAAAUGUUUUGAACAAUUUCAGGAGUAUUGAAAUAAGUGUAUAAUCUUCCAAAGUGA